CGCCGCCGGCAGGACAGGAAGCGGCCAGGACAACGGAGCGCACGGUCUGUUAUGAUGGACCUCUGGCCUGGAAAUGGUGUUCAUGGUGAUGACAUCUGACAUUUCGAGAGUAUUGACACAAAAUUUGCUCGCUUGACGCGAGAUGUGAAUGCACAUUGUUGUCAGACAUGAUGGAUGCUGGUUGCAAGCUAGCUGGCUGUUAGCGCGCAUCCGUCCCGCAGCAGUCAGAGCUCCGGCAGGGAGCUAAGAGCUCAGCUGAUCCGCUGCAGCACCACACAGAGUCCGGCGAGAAGAUGAUGAGGCCUUGAUGUCAGAUUGGCGACAGUGUGCUAAAUCUGCAAAUCCAGACAUGGCGUCGCAGCUCCAGGUGUUCUCCUCCCCCUCUGUGUCCUCCAGCGUCUACUCUCGUUCCAAGAGGCUCAAACUGGAGAACCCCACCUGGGAUGUGUCCAGCCAGCUGUCAAAUGGGGGCUACUACCAGCAGAGCCCCUCUCAGGGAGCUGUGCCCUCCACCUCUGGUUCCAACUUCAACCCAGUGUACAACUCCAACCAGGUGCACCCGCCUACAGCCGGCUCCCGGGAGCAGACGGUGGUGCGGGCAGCAGACAGCACAGGCAGCCUUCGUGGUCCUCCUUCUUCCUCUUCUUCCUCCUCAUCCUCUAGCCGACGCAUUAAAGACGCAGAGUCGUCCUCCCAGCCGUGCGACCUCUACAACAAGCAGUACAGCUUGAAGAGGAAGAGCGAGGAGGUGGACAGCAGCGACAGCGUCCAGAUACUGGAGGAGCUUUCAGCCCCUGUGGUCUCCAACCGCACAGGUGGUGGAGGAGGUGGCACCACCACUGCUCAGUCCAUAGCACACUCAACCUCCACCACCAAGAGCAGCAACUCCCACAGCGAGGGCGACUACCAGCUGGUCCAGCAUGAGAUCCUGUGCUCCAUGUCCAACAGCUACGAGGUGCUGGAGUUUCUGGGACGGGGCACCUUUGGGCAGGUGGCCAAAUGCUGGAAACGGGGCACAAAUGAGAUUGUGGCUAUUAAAAUCUUGAAAAACCAUCCGUCUUAUGCUCGGCAAGGCCAAAUUGAGGUGAGCAUCCUCAGCAGGUUGAGCACAGAGAACGCUGACGAGUUCAACUUUGUGCGCUCGUAUGAGUGUUUCCAGCACAAGAACCACACGUGCCUUGUGUUUGAGAUGCUGGAGCAGAACCUUUACGACUUCCUGAAGCACAGCAAGUUCAGCCCUCUGCUGCUGAAGUGUAUCAGACCCAUCCUGCAGCAGGUGGCUACCGCCCUGAUGAAGCUGAAAAGCCUGGGGCUGAUCCACGCCGACCUGAAGCCCGAGAACAUCAUGCUGGUCGACCCUUUGAGGCAGCCGUACAGGGUGAAGGUCAUCGACUUCGGCUCGGCCAGCCACGUGUCCAAAGCGGUUUGCUCCACCUACCUGCAGUCCCGAUAUUACAGAGCUCCAGAGAUCAUUCUGGGUCUUCCUUUCUGUGAAGCGAUCGACAUGUGGUCUUUGGGAUGCGUCAUUGCUGAGCUGUUCUUGGGAUGGCCUCUUUAUCCCGGUGCCUCAGAGUACGAUCAGAUUCGGUACAUCUCCCAGACUCAGGGCCUUCCAGCAGAGUACCUGCUGAGUGCAGGAACCAAGACCAGCCGCUUUUUCAACAGAGGCCCCGACUCGAGCUACCCGCUCUGGAGACUCAAAACUCCUGCAGAGCAUGAGGCAGAGAUGGGAAUCAAGUCAAAAGAAGCAAGAAAAUACAUCUUCAACUGUCUGGAUGACAUGAUGCAGGUCAACAUGACGACUCUGGAGGGCACCGACAUCCUGGCAGAGAAGGCCGACAGGAGGGAGUUUAUAGAUCUGCUGAAGAAGAUGCUGACGCUCGAUGCUGAUAAAAGGAUCACUCCCAUGAAGACGCUGAAUCACCCCUUUGUUACCAUGACGCAUCUGCUGCACUUCCCUCACAGCUCGCAUGUGAAGUCUUGCUUUCAAAACAUGGACAUCUGUAAACGCAGAUGCAGCGCCUUUGAGAAUGGGAAAAACAUGUUUACCAGCAACAACACACCAAGCGCAGCCACCAACCUCACCGUCACGUUCAGCAGCCAACUGAACCAGCACAAUCAGAUGGCCUCUACAGGCGGACAGUCCCUGUCCCUCAGCAGUAACGUCCCUCUGCUGAACUACCAGCCCGGCCUCUACCAGCAGGCCACCAUCAACAUCCCUGGCCUGACCCAGCAGGGCGUUCCUCUGCAGACCAGACCCACCCAGCUCUGCACACAGACCGAACCCUUUCAGCAGACUCUCAUCGUUUGCCCUCCUACCAUCCAAGGUCUUCAAACCGCCAAUAAACCACCAAGUUACCCUGUGAGAAUGGACAACUCAGUCCCCUUGGUCCCUCAGAACCAGUCUUCCCAGUCUCUGCAUAUCCAGCCCAGCAUGCUGGCACAGCAGGGCUGGCCGGCUGGAACGCAGCAGAUCCUCAUCCCUUCCACGUGGCAGCAGAUGCCAGGCAUGUCCAUCCACAACCCGGGGCAGACUGUGGUGACCGACUCACCGAUGGCUGCUCCGGUAGCCGACAGUCAGCAGAGUUCUGGGUGGAGGGGUCGUCAUGGCAGUCAGUUUGACGGCAUCAGCCAGCAGGACUCGGGUGUCAGCCGUCACGCUGCCACACAAAACCACAGCUCAAGCGCCGCUCACACAAGACAGGCCAAGAGAUCAAAGGCUCGGCAUGCUGAGAGCAGAGCCAGGCUGGCAUCGUCAGCACAGUCUCAGUCCCAGCCCAUCGUCAUCUCCGACACGCCCAGUCCUGCCGUCAGCAUCAUCACCAUCCACAGUGAUUCAGAGGAUGAAGAUGAAGCGAAGGCCCCUGCUGCCUGCUCUGGAACGAGUCAGAGGACUAACGUAAUCAGUUGCGUGACCGUGCACGACUCUCACGACUCGGACUCCUCUACCAGCAGCCCCCUGAGCCCUAAAACCAGCUCCCAGCCCAGCAAGGCUCUGGCCAUCAUCAUGCCUUCUGUGAAGACUCAGCCUGGAGAGAGUUCAGCCCAUAAAGCUGCAGCAGCUGCAGAUCAAGCAACUAGUGGCUCUGGAAAGUCCAAGAAGGCGUCUGGUCAGCCGUCAGGGCGACCAGGAGAUUCUACCACCGAUCGCCAUCAACGGGCUGCAUCCAGCAGAUCUCAGCCUCUCAAUCUGAGUCAGGUGCCGCAGUCUGUGAUUCCAUCCUCCCACCACCAAUCAGGAGGCAGCAGCACCUUAAAGCGGCAGCCCACCUAUCCUCCUCCUGUUUCCUCCCACUCCUCCUACCGCCUUCCCGAGAGCACUCUCUUCAGCUCAACCCCAAAUCUGUACGCCUACCCGGCUUCUGCUGCGCUGGCCUCCGUGUCUCAGGCCGUGGACCAGAUGCAGGGCGGUGCGUCCCGCCACACCAGGGCGAGCGGGGCUUACCCAUCCCUGACCCUGCUGCAGAAGAACAGCAACUUAACCCUUGCGGGGUCCGCUCCGGGAUCGUACAGCAACCAGCAGCAGCUGGGAUCGCAGCCUUUCCACCGCUCCAGUGCCGCCUACCAGAGAAAACUCAACCAGUAUCAGUACAUGUGAAGAGUGACAGCAGCAGCUCUGCACCGAACACGAGCUCAUCGCAGGCGGACACGUUUUCAAAUGGACUUUUUACUACGAGCGACUGUGCUGUUAAUCAUGGUCCAGUUUUUAUUUAAAGUCUGUCAAACUUUCUGUGUGUUGCGUCACCGCUACAGCUCAGUCUGGUCAGUGUUGUGCUUCUGAGCAUUUGGUGUGAAAUUAAACGUAUAUAUCCACCUUAUGUAAGCACUGUAAGCCUUUUUAUACUAAGCCCAGGAUGAGGAAACUAAACUGUUUCAGGAGUUAACUCUUAAUGUGGGGAAAAAAAAAAAAUUUUAUUUAAAGUGAGACGUGUGCUGUGGAGAAAGUGAAACUUUUAAGCUGCUCUUUUAUUAUUUUUACAUUGUCACAGUGGUCAAAUUAUUCUUAACAUUGCAUUAACAAACACGAUUGCCUUAUGGGCAGUUUUAUUUAAAUUCACACGGCACAUUGUGAUCAGUUGGAUGAAUAGCUUUUAUUCAUGAAUGUACUGCGUGUGUGUUUAUACUCUUAAAAACAAAUAAGCUACGUUCUAUACUGUGUAAUGAUGUCAUUGUGUUUUCCAUGUCCAUUAUGUUUGAGUACCGGCCAUUAAUUUAUAUUUAUAUGUCCAGUUUGUUGAAGAGUAGGAUGCACUUGAGAGGAUGUUUUUUGUUGUUUGUUUACGGUUUAAAACUUAAUGUUAAGGUUGCAUGUGUCUGACACAAAGAGCUUUGUGAUCUAAAGCUACGCCGAGUCUCUGUGACGAUCGCAGGCUGAUUUAUUAUUUUUAAUUCAUACGACAAACUUAAUAUUUGGAAAAGUUCUUGUCUUGUGAAGUGAUGUCUGUGAAGUAAAGCGUGCACAUCAGGUCUGAUUGGCUGUCACACUCGUGUAAAGGUCAAAUUCUCGUAGAUGAAAAAUUCACCGAUUUGUGUGCAUUUGAAUCCGAUAAAGACGACGGAGACGUAAAUUGAUGUUUAGUAUGUUACUGCUUCUAAACAAAUCUUUUUUUUUGUUGUUUUUUGUGAAAUGAUGGUUGUUCUUACAUCCUGCUGUGUUGUGAAGUGCUGCAUUACAAAACACACGAUGAACCUUAACCCGUAUGUACGCAAUAAAGUCUUCUCAGAAGAA